UUUAUUCGCUGCCUAUUUAUAGCAUUUACAUCAUUCUCGAGGUUAUUUUUAGCUCGCUGUGUUUCAACAUGUUUCAACAGACGAUGUGAGUUACAUAUAGAAACAACGCGCUCGUGUUUCCCUUAUCACAAGUUAGAGGAAAACGGAAUGAGAAUGAGGAUUCCAUGUAAACGAGUCAACCUAGCAAGGGCAAGUUGUGCCCUGUCCUGCACAACUGUUUUAGUUGGAAUGAUUGCCCUGUUUUCUAACCAUUGGAUUUGUGCCGGGGAAAUGCACGCAGGUUUUGUAUCAGGUUGCUAUGGAGAUGUUUGUGCAUCAACUGUAGGUAACAUCCCAGAGAAUUUUAGAGCACCGUUCGUGGUAUGUUUGAUCGUUUUUGUCUUCAUGCCCCUCAUCCUGAUCUUCACAGCAGCCAUCCUACAGGCAUUUACCGCACUGAAAGGACCACAGAAACACCGGGACCUGUCCGCACUGAUACUCGCCUGGCUGUCAGGGUAUCAAAGCUUACUGUUGCUUAUUCUCAUAAUUGCCGCCACAGCAAUGAUACCUUCCAGUGAUGAGACCGACAUCGUCACACCUUUGCCAUACAAAAGUCACGUAACCUCCACUACCCCCGCACCAUACUAUGAACAGGAAGGCUAUCUUUCUGAGACCCAUGUUAGCAGUGAUUCAGAUUAUAGCAGUUUUAGCGACAGUGGCGCUACCCCGUACAGCUUCUCAUCGGCAAAGAUAGGAUGGUCAGGUUACUUCGGUCUCCUUGCAGCCCUCCUGUCUCUAGCCUCGGCAGUGUCAGCCUCGCUGUAUUAUGGGAAGUCGGAGAAAGAUGACUAUGAAGACACGAUACCUCUAGAGCCAAACGUCGUGUAAAGUGUUACGGCCAUGAUAAUAAAUUAGCAUUUUUUUCUUGAUGGUAUAAAAAUCGCCUCUUUGAAUUCAGGAAAGCAAUGCAAAGUGGGUUGUAAAUAAUUGAGAGUUACAGUGAGCUUGUGAUGGUAGAGAACUAUUAGUCAUUGUUAGGUGUAGAAUAAUUUGAAGUGUAAAGUCUGGGAAAUACUAUGAACAGAUGUGGUAAUGGACAUAAUUACAACAAGAGGCAUAUGUACAUAUACCUACAUUUAGUACAAAUGCUUGCUUUGUUUGCUUGUUUUGUACAUAUAAGCAAAUGCUCACCUUGUACAUACAAGCAUAGCAUGUCUUGUACAUACGAAGAGGUGUAAUAUGUACAUGUACUUUCAUUUGGUGCAAAUGCUUGCCUUGUACAAACGAGCAAUUGCUUGCCUUGUACAUACAAGAAGAGGUGUAAUAUGUACUUAAAUUCAGUGCAAAUGCUUGCCUUGUACAUACAAGCAAAUGCUUGCUUUGUACAUACAAGAAGAGGUGUAAUAUGUACUUAAAUUUUGUGCAAAUGCUUGCCUUGUACAUACGAGCAAAUGCUUGCUUUGUACAUGCAAGAAGAGGUGUAAUAUGUACUUAAAUUUAGUGCAAAUGCUUGCCUUGUACAUACAAGCAAAUGCUUGCUUUGUACAUACAAGAAGAGGUGUAAUAUGUACUUAAAUUUAGUGCAAAUGCUUGCCUUGUACAUACAAGCAAAUGCUUGCUUUGUACAUACAAGAAGAGGUGUAAUAUGUACUUAAAUUUAGUGCAAAUGCUUGCUUUGUACAUACAAGAAGAGGUGUAAUAUGUACUUAAAUUUAGUGCAAAUGCUUGCCUUGUACAUACAAGCAAAUGCUUGCUUUGUACAUACAAGAAGAGGUGUAAUAUGUACUUAAAUUUAGUGCAAAUGCUUGCCUUGUACAUACAAGCAAAUGCUUGCUUUGUACAUACAAGAAGAGGUGUAAUAUGUACUUAAAUUUAGUGCAAAUGCUUGCUUUGUACAUAAAUGCAAAUAAAAAUAUAUUGUAAACAAAA